CUUUGCGCGGGCUGAUGACGUAGGCAUCGCUUCUUCUAAUGACAACACAGACAGGAGCUUUUACUGUCGCCACAAACAGAACACAGUCAUGAACUGGAGCAAAGGUGGUCCAGGUGUGAAGCGAGGGUUUGGGUUUGGAGGAUUUUCUCUUGCAGGAAAAAAAGAGGAACCUCAACUUCCUCAAAAAUCCCACACAUCAUUCGGCCCCACCGGAUCAGGUGCGGGAUAUGGGAAGAACCAGCAGCUCCCAUCGUUCUACAAAAUUGGGACAAAAAGGGCAAACUUUGAUGAGGAAAAUGCGUAUUUUGAAGAUGAUGAAGAGGAGUCCAGCAGCAAUGUGGAUCUGCCAUACAUUCCUGCAGAGAAUUCACCCACACGGCAGCAGAUGCAGUCUGGUGGCGGCUCAGACAGUGAGGAUGACCCACUGGAUGCCUUCAUGGCGGAGGUUGAGAACCAAGCAGCUAAGGAUAUGAGGAAACUAGAGGAAAAGGAAAAGGAGAAAAAGUCAGCCAAGGGUAUUCGUGAUGACAUUGAAGAAGAAGAUGAACAAGAAGCCUACUUCCGCUACAUGGCAGAGAAUCCCACAGCCGGCCUGACUCAGGAGGAAGAGGAGGAGAACAUUGACUAUGACAGUGACGGGAACCCAAUCGCCACUGCCACCAAGAAAAUCAUCAUGCCGCUUCCUCCUAUCGACCACUCUGAGAUUGAUUACUCACCCUUUGAGAAAAACUUCUACAAUGAGCACGAGGAGCUCAGCAACCUGACUGGAACUCAAGUGUUGGAGUUAAGGCAGAAACUGAACUUGCGGGUAUCUGGUGCUGCCCCUCCAAAACCUUGUACCAGCUUUGCCCACUUCAGCUUUGAUGAGCAGCUAAUGCACCAAAUCCGCAAGUCUGAGUACACUCAACCCACACCUAUUCAGUGCCAGGGCGUGCCUAUAGCUCUGUCCGGACGUGACAUGAUUGGGAUUGCAAAAACUGGCAGUGGCAAAACUGCAGCUUUUAUCUGGCCAAUGCUUGUUCAUAUCAUGGACCAAAAGGAGUUGGAAGCAGGAGAGGGGCCCAUCGCAGUUAUCGUGUGUCCCACCAGAGAGCUUUGUCAGCAGAUCCAUGCGGAAUGUAAGCGCUUUGGGAAAGCCUACUCAUUGCGUUCUGUGGCAGUUUAUGGAGGAGGCAGCAUGUGGGAGCAGGCCAAGGCUCUGCAGGAGGGGGCAGAGAUCGUGGUGUGCACUCCGGGUCGUCUGAUUGACCAUGUGAAAAAGAAGGCCACGUCCCUGCAGAGAGUGACAUACCUGGUGUUUGAUGAGGCAGAUCGCAUGUUUGAUAUGGGCUUUGAAUAUCAGGUUAGAUCUAUUGCUAGCCAUGUUCGCCCAGACAGACAGACUCUUCUGUUCAGUGCCACUUUUCGAAAGAAGAUAGAGAGGCUGGCCAGAGACAUCUUGAUAGAUCCUAUCCGUGUGGUGCAGGGAGACAUUGGAGAGGCCAAUGAAGAUGUGACCCAGGUCGUGGAGUUGCUGCCCAGUGGGACGGAUAAAUGGGCCUGGCUGACCCGGCGGCUGGUCGAGUUCACCUCUUCUGGCUCAGUCCUCAUCUUCGUCACCAAGAAGGCAAAUUGUGAAGAACUGGCCACUAAUCUGACGCAGGAGGGCUACAGCAUUGGGCUCCUGCAUGGAGAUAUGGACCAGAGUGAGAGGAACAAGGUCAUUAGUGACUUUAAGAAGAAGAAUUUGCCCGUUCUGGUUGCUACUGAUGUAGCUGCUCGUGGUCUGGACAUCCCGUCCAUUCGCACAGUGGUGAACUACGAUGUGGCACGAGACAUUGACACACACACUCACAGGAUCGGUCGAACUGGCCGUGCUGGAGAGAAGGGCGUAGCUUACACUCUGCUCACCAACAAAGACACUACAUUCGCUGGAGACCUUGUGAGAAAUCUGGAAGGAGCUAAUCAAUCUGUUUCUAAAGAACUGAUGGAUUUGGCCAUGCAGAAUCCAUGGUUUAGGAAAUCCAGAUUCAAGGGCGGUAAAGGAAAGAAGCUGAAUAUUGGUGGAGGUGGUCUGGGUUACAGAGAGAGACCAGGCCUGGGGGCUGAAAGUUCUGAUCGCACCAGCAGCAGCAGCAGCAGCAGCAGCAGCUUGUUGUCUUCCACUUGUAGCUAUGAGGGCUACAGCAAACCAGCUACUGGGGCGAUGGGAGACCGCAUGUCCGCAAUGAAACAAGCCUUCCAGGCUCAGUAUAAGAGCCACUUUGUGGCUGCGUCCAGCGGCCCUCCUAAGCUCAGCACCAAGUCUAACAGCUCGUCAGGCUGGACGAGUGCCGGCAGUCUGAGCUCAGUGCCCACAGAGGCUGCCAAUGGCUCAGAGAGGUCCCACUCUGCCACCUUGUCAAUGUCCAGCUUCACCAGCGCCGGCUCCCUGAGCUCAGUGCCCACCAGUCAAACCAGUUCACAGCACAGCUACCCUCCGCCUGCACCUCCCUCACAGAGAGACAGCUCACGGGACAGACAUGGCGAUGACCGGGGGAGGCAUGGGGACAGUUACCACCGCCACAGUGACAGGAGCGACCGGCACAGCGGUGAGGACCGCUACAGUGAAAGAGAUCGCCAUGGAGACAGAGACCGUGACCGCCACGGGGAACGGGAUCGCUACAGCAGCAGCCGCCACGGCGACAGUCGCAAUGGAGAUGGAAGCAGGAGGGACAGAGAUGAUCGAAGAAGUGACAGGGAUGGGGGAGACAGGGGGAGUGGGGAGGGGAGGGACAGAGGAGAUGAUAGCUUUGCUGUUCCUGAACCACCAAAACGUAGAAAGAGCAGGUGGGACAACUAAAGAAAAAAAUAAACACAUCAGUAGAAUAAUAUGUGCAACCAACUGCUCCAUGACAAACUUGUCUGUGUAGGCAGAUAGCAGAGCAUAUCAGAGAGUGAUACAAGCACAGGGAUGGAGGGGGGGUUUUGUGGACUCUAAAUAAAUGGGAAGUGUAUUGACGCUACUGUCAUCUUGGCUCAGAACUCAUGAUUUGGUCAGAGCGCAACAGAGUGUGUCAGACAGGUCAACAAAAGCAGCUCAGAGACAGCCACUGUACAUACACCAUUAAGACUGUUGUUAUUGUAAGUCAAUAGGAUCAAGCAAUAGAGCUUUAAUGAAUCUUUAUUGUAAGUAAACAAUUCAAAGUUAGGAUGUGUUGGUUGUUGUCUUGUUUCUACUCACUGAGCUCCUAACAUGCUUUUGUGCUUGCAAACCUGACGCAUUUAUCUUUUCCUAACGGAUCUUUGCCAAGUGUGUUUGUGUGUUUGCUUUUUGUUCAUCUACAAAGCUAACUCUGAAAACUCUUUGCAUCUUUGAAGGCGCUCAGUGAUGAUUCACAGUCACACAAGUACAUGUCAAAAACUGUAUAGCUCUUUUUGUGUCUUGUAUUCAAGUUUUAGUGAAGUGCCUUCCCUUGGCAUUUAGUCUGUCUUAUGCUUUUGAAAUGUUUUUCAGGAAGAUGCAUUUGUUUGUUUGAGAGAGGGAUUUCAAGUGUUCAUUCACAAAUGGAAAAUGUGAAGUUUUGAUUAAAAAGACUCCUUUGGCAUCUA